GUAUGAAAAGGGAGGUUCUUGUGACACAGACAGCAUCCUCUCACUAGCUGGUGGUAGAGAAGGAACUACCUAAACAAGAAAAUCUCAUUGAAGACCGGAAAGCAUAACAGGACCUUUUCCAGAAUGUCAAGCUCCCUUGUUGUGUGUGAGGUGGACGAGAGCCUGAAAGAAAAACUGAAGAAGUUCAGAUUCCGAAAAGAGACCAAUAAUGCAGCCAUACUGAUGAAAAUUGACAUGGAGAAACAGCUUGUAAUCCUGGAGGAAGAAUAUGAGGACAUAACCCUGGAUGACUUGAGGAAUGAACUUCCAGAACGUCAGCCUCGAUUUAUAGUCUACAGCUACAAGUAUAUCCAUUCAGAUGGCAGAGUGUCCUAUCCACUGUGUUUCAUAUUCUCAAGUCCAGUUGGAUGCAAGCCUGAACAGCAAAUGAUGUAUGCAGGCAGUAAAAAUCAACUGGUCCAAGCAGCCGAGCUCACAAAGGUUUUCGAAACACGGAACAUCGAUGAUUUGUCAGAGGAAUGGCUGAAAGACAAGCUGUCUUUCUUUCGUUGAAGAGUUUUCCUCUUUGUUCUUGAAUGCAUCGAUACAACUUAAUAAAUAUCAGACAUGUCAGGUC